UUUAAACCCAAAUAAUAAAAUCUAGGGUUUUAUUUUCAUUCUCAUCCUCCGCCUCUACAAAAACUCACUCACCUCUGCACACACACAGAGACCCAGAAUGGCUAACAACACCCAAAUCACAUCAUCACUCCCCACGCAAACCCUAAUCAAACAAUUAGCCUCUUGCAACAAAUCGACCCGAGACAAAGCUCUCAAGCUCCUCAAACUCUAUCUUCAAUCUCAGCAACAAGUCUCUCAUGAAGAGCUGAAGAAGAUUUGGAAAGGUCUGUUCUUUUGUGUUUGGCAUGCUGAUAAAUCCCCGGUACAAUCUGAUCUCAUCAAUUCUUUGUCUAGUUUGCUUUAUAAGAUGCCCUUGUUGUUAUCUCUUGAGUAUCUAUCUGUUUUCUUGAUUACGAUGCGGCGUGAAUGGACCAGGAUUGAUGGGCAUAGGCUAGAUAAGUUUUAUUUGCUGAUUAGGAGGUUUGUGAAUGCGUGUUUUGUGGCGUUGAAGAGGAAUAAUUGGGAUUUGGGGGUUGUUAGGAGUUUUGUUGAGGUUUUGGAAAAGCGGGUUUUUUUCGCGGAGGAUAAGUGUUUAGGGAAUGGGGUGAAUUAUCAUGUUGCGUCGGUGUUUCUUGAUGAGUUUAAGGGGUUUGUUCCGGUGGGGAAGGAGGUGAGUUGGGCUUUGUUUGGGGUUUUGUUUGAUGUCAUGGGGAAGUGUCAAGAUAAGGUUUUGAUUGGGAAGAUAAAGACUAAUGUGUUUGAGGUUUUGGUUAACAAGGGGAGGGAGUUGUUGGAAAGGAAGAAGUUGGGGAAGGAGGUGGAUGAUGAGACGUUAAGGGUUGGGAAUUUGGCAUUGAGUAUGGGUUUUGCUGAGAAGUUUUUUGAGUUGGGGUCAGCGGCGGAGUGUGUUCAGGUGAAUAGGAAGGUUUUGUUUGGUUUGCACCAGGAGUUUUUGAAAUUGGAGAAGGAUUUGGAGGUGUCGGGGGUUGACAUUUCAGUACCUGAUGUUGGAAUUGAAGAUGAUGAAGAGGUCCCGAAUCUGAUUCCUAUUGAUUCUGUUGAGAAUGGAGUGAAGAUGUCCAGUGAGAUGGAGAUUGGGGCUUCAGUAAGCAAGGCUUCUAAAAAGAAAAAGAAAGUGAAAAAGGAGAUUGAUGGAAGAAGCAAUAAGAAGAAGAAGAACGGUGUUUCCUCUGAGAAUGAGGAUGAGGAUAUGGGUAUUGCUAAUGGCUUUGAGACAAAUAUGAACAGAUCUGUUGCUUGCGGUGAGAAUGAGCUAGACAUGUCUAGUACCGAACUGAUCCCCACUUCAGUUGAGAUGGUAAAUGGGACUUCUGCAAGCAAGUCUUCCAAAAAGAAAAAGAAGAUUAAAAAGGAUUCAAAUGGAAGCAGUAAAAAGAAGGGUGUUGUUUCCACUGAUGAAGAUAUGAUUAUUGCCAAUGGCUUUGAUUCAGUCAUUGAAACAGCUAACAAUGAGAACCUUAUAGAUUUUAAUGAAUCUGUUGUCUCAAAUCUUCGGAUGCAGUUUGAGAAGGUUGCUUCUGAAGUUGGCUUGGAUAAAGAUGGUUUGAGUUCACUUGAUUCUCCUGAAGUUGAAAUUGCACCCGUCUCAAAGAAGAGGAAAAGAGCAAGAAGCGCGGAUGGGAAAAAGAAGAAAAAACCCGACUUGACCAGUGUGGAGCAGAUGGAUGCAGGUGCAGAGACUAGUGAGAAGAGUGCAAAGAAAGUUAGGUUUUCUGUCAAGAAUAACAUAGUGUGGAAACCAAACAGCCCGAUGCCUCCCCAGGAUUUGAGAUUACCUCCAUCUGCUACCCCUAGAGGCAGUGCCCUUAAGAAGGGUUUAUCUCCAGGUCCAAUUAGGGAGAUGCCUCCUGCUACAAAGAAGCCAAUGCUAAAAAAGAGGGGUGCAAAAGGAAAGAGAGUUGUCCGCGUUGCCAGAAUGAUCCGCAAAAUAUCUUGAAUAACACAUUUAAAGGUGGCUUAUCCAUCUCAAGCAUUGAUUUCUUUAUUUUUCCUUCUAAAUUGAUGAUAUUGUGAACCCUACGAGCCUUCUUAUAGACUGCUGGUGCUGUGAGCUAGUUUGCACUAAUUUUAUUUGAAAUUUCUUUAAAAUUUAUAUUUGUUCCUCA